AUGACCUCGUUCUCGCCUGUGAACCCCGGCGUCACUGUAACUCGUCCUUUUCCUGAGCUCCCCGAGAAUCCCCAGGGUCCCCCCAAGUCCGCUCCCAACAUCGAAGCGCUCAUCGCAGCAUCCACAUCCUGCUCACCAGCCAAUCCGGGCGCAACCCUGCCCCUGAUGUCGGCACUCACCGUUCCCGACCUCGGCAGCCGCACGCGCAUGCUAGACGACAUCCCAAGCAUCAUGAAGCGCUUCGAUGUCCCCAAGGCGAACGUCCUCACGCGUUUCAACGACACGCCAAACUCCACUGAGCAUGUAACGCAUCCCGAGUCUGGCCAGGCUACUGAGAAGCCCAAGACCAAGACUCUCCCGUCAUCCCCGCGCCACGCCCUUGGUUCUUCAAGCUCCCCCGGAUUCCUACGUCCACGUGACGGCACGACGUACUACGGCACGCUUACCUUCGCUGGCGAGACGAAGGCGGUUGGAAAGCCCAACAUCUUCCAGUACAUUCUGUACGGCAAUCCUGAUCCGGACGCUAAGGUUCAGGCAGAGGUGAAGAUUGUCGAAGAGCGCACGGUCUGGCAGUCUAUCUGGCGUGGCGUUCCUGAGCCAGAUGGUGAGAAGGUGACGACGGUCACAGAGGCUAAGAUGAAGACAAUUGCGGAAUCCAAUGUCAAGGCCGUUGAAGAUGUAAAGGAGGCUGGCGGAAUUGAGGCCGUCGUUGCUGUGGAGAAGGUGGGGACGUUGGAGAAGUUGAAGUUGGGGAACGCGGAGAAGGUCAAGACGAGCGAAAUCUACCACGACGUCGGUUACGGUCUCGUCGCGAAGUAG